AUGCCUGGCAACUUCGCGCGGGCAGGGCCCGUGAUAGGCGUCAUCGGCUUGCUCUUUAUGGCCUUCGCCAACGUGUAUUCAUCUGUGGCUAUCUGCCUCGUGAUGCUGCUGGCACCUAAGAGCGUCAAGACCUACAGCGACCUGGGCGAGUGGUGCAUGGGCAAGUGGGGCCGCUGGUUUGCAGUUGUCUCGCAGAUGGCGUCGUGUCUGCUGGGGCCAUGUGUAUUGUUGGUGCUUGGUGGCACACUGCUGGACGGCCUGUUCCCGGACGCUUUUAGUACUUCUUACUGGAUCUGCUUCAUGGCGCUCAUGUGCUUGCCCGUAUGCCUCAUCCUGACGCUCAAGGAAGGCGCCGGGGCCGCGUUUGCUGGCUGCGCAGGAACGCUCAUCGCCGAUGUCAUCGGUGUUGCCGCUGUCAUGUACGGCAUGCGUGGCCACCCCACGCCGCCGUCGCCUGCUAUCAAGUUCUCGCAGGUCGCGGGCAUGUUCGGCAACCUGGCGGUCGCGUACAAUGCUGGCAUCGUGAUCCCAGCCCUGCGGCGCCAGCACAGCGAGCCGACGCGCAUGCCGCGCGUUGUGUUCGUCACCAUGGCCUUCAUCUCGUGCCUCUUCCUGAUCCUGGCCAGCACGGCGUACUCGGCGGUGGGCUGCCAGAUCUCGGGCAACCUGCUCUACUCCAUCUACCCGGACGCGGACACGGGCCUCACCACGCUGGGCUUCAAGUCCAACUGGGGCGCCGUCGUCAUGGCCUACUUCUUCAUGCAGCUGCACAUUACGAUCGCCUUCUCCGUCAUCCUGAACCCGGCCUUCUACCUCGCCGAGCGACUGGUGCUCAAGAUGCACAAGAAGAAGGAGGACGACGUCGAGAACGCCCUCACGUACGCCGCUGCCUCGUAUGAAGCUGCCAACACGCCAAGCAAAGAUGCGAUCAACGAUGGCCGCCGCUCAUCCAGGGUGUCAUACAUUUCCAACGCCGACGCCGAGAAUCCCUACUACGGUGACAUUGAUGCAGAGGUCGCGGAGUACCGUGGCUCGAACGCGGUCAAGUAUGCUAUUCUACGCGUGCUCAUCUUGGUCAUUCUGGUUGUAGUCUCCAUCAUCUUCCGUGAUCACUUCUCGGAUUUCCUCGAGUUCGUGGGCGCGUCGUGCAUCACGCUUAUCAGCACCCUGCCGCCCAUUGUCUUCCUGCUGAAGAAGCUGUGGAACGAGAUCCCGAUCUGGGAGAAGGUGCCGGCGCCGAUCGUGGUCAUCAUCUGCAGCUUCCUGGGCUGCUACGUGACGUACACGUCGGGCAAGGCCCUGUUCGCGCCGACGACCUCGGACACGUCGUUCCCCUACUGCGACAGCGAAUACGAGAACGAGGUGUACUACAAUUACACCGCCGUUCACGGCGCGUGA